AUGGAGUGUAGAUUAGGAGUUUACAUUUCUUGUUUCUACGUUAUCGCAUUCGUGAUAGCUUCUGAAUAUUCGGAGGUUUCGUCUGCACUUCGUAAAUGGGAUGGAAAAGAAACCACAAACAAUGCGGUUCUAGAAAUAGUUACUUUACGCUAUGAAUAUUGUGACCCGUGGUCCGAAUGGAGCGUAUGCGACAGUAACAAUCAACAUCUCAGGCUUAGAUGGUGUGUAUUUAAGAGAAGAAACGCACCUGUCACGGAUGCGAACAACCCAACAGGUAUAUCCAGAGAAACAUUGGAACGGCUUAGAUUUAUAGAAGACAAACCCCGACAGCAUUUAUCACCAGAUGAAGUGGCAGAGCUGUUUUGGCAGCAGGUCAAUUGCACUGACGCAUCGUUGGCAUAUGAUGGUGUUUCUGGUCAAAAACAAUCGGAUACAGACCAAGUGCUCCCAUUUAAUCGUAUAAACGUCGGACAACGAACAGACGUAGUGAACGACCAAUAUACACACAUGGAUUCUGAAGUGAGUAACAUGGUUGGUUACCCAAUAUUAGGGUCUGAACAUAAAAUGUUACAAGAAAAGACCGCAUUUGACCAGCUGAAGCCACAUUGCCAAAUGGAACUCAACAAAAUGAGCCGUGAUAUAUAUACCCGGAGAGAACUUGCUAAGAUAGAACGGGAGCAAGCGAUUUUGCGUCGUGACGUCUCACGACAGCGUUAUGACAAUGUAUGCGCAGGUGUGCUUUCGGCUUUGGACCCUCACAUUCUAUCUCAAAUUGAGGAAGAUAAAAGGUAUGCAAAGGUUGAAUAUGACAGAGCAGAGGACGCUUUGAAACAACAAAUAUCGAAUGCAAGGGUUGCGGACGACAGAGCUCGGGCAAAGAUCUCAGCCAACAACACAACUGGCAACGUGAAAAUUGACCAAUUGCGGCAUGACAUUUAUAAACAAAGACAAUAUGCCAGGGAAGUACAAGUACGGAUGGAAUCCCCUCGUGACGUCGCACGACAGCGUUAUGACAAUGUAUGCGCAGGUGUGCUUUCGGCGUUGGACCCUCAUAUUCUAUCUCAAAUUGAGGAAGAUAAAAGGCGUGCAAAGGUUGAAUAUGACAGAGCAGAGGAGGCGUUGAAACAACAAAUAUCGAAUGCAAGGUUUGCGGACGAUAGAGCAAUAGCUGUUUUCAAAGCUGAGUCGGGACGUUGGGCAAAGGAGAUAGGGUUGGAGGCCAAUGGUGUUAAGGACACAUCACAGAGAGACAGAAGCGCUGAAGAGCAACUUGAUAACAAUGUUCAGAACGUCAAAGAACGAAUACAAAGUGCUGAUCUAACUCCUCCCGACAAACGUGAAGUGCUGGAAGAGGGUAGGUACCAUACAUCCAAUAGUGACCAUAAACCUCACAAUAACUUUAAGGAAGCGACAUCAAUUAGUAAGAAACAAGAUCAAGACAUAUAUGGCAACUUACAUGCAGAAUCACGCUCGGCAGAAUCCAAUGAGUCACUGGUGAAUGAUGGAUCCACCAUAAGUCAUAAGAACAAGUCCAAUGAUCACUUGGCAAAGCCAAACCUGACGGGCCCCACAUCUGGUAAUCAGUCAAAUAGAGUUGAUGUAUCUACGACGAAUAACGGUGUCCAUGAAAAGACCGACGAAUAUGAACCCUUAUCAGACGCUACAGAUCACACAUCGAAGACCGUGUUGAAUCCGGGUCUGUGGAAGAUGCAUGCUCGGGGAACUGAAAAGAGACGAAUCGCACCAACAUCUAGGUACAAUGCGGUUUCUUCGAAAAGUGAUAUUCAGGGUGAAUCAAAGCAUGGCGUCAAUGCCGAAGCCCAGGUAAUCAACAGCGGCGUCAACGAGGCUACCCAUUUCGACGUUACAAAACAUCUAUGGAUUGCAGUAGAUGAAAUGGAUACAAAUAGAUAUGUUAAGGAUUUGGAGCAUGCCAUUGCAAUCACUAAUGGUAAGAGAAUAGGAACAAUCCAACCGCUGCAUGAAAAGCGACACCAUCGGCCACUAACUGGGACUGCACAAACCGGAUUGGAGACACUUAUAAAAGAAAGCAAAAACAUACAAGUGCCACAACCUUCGGUGGAAGUAGGAGGUGAUAAUUCCUACAAAAGCCUUAAUCAUGCAAGCUCACAAGACGGAAAGGGCCUUAAAGAGUGGACGUGGACGUCCAUGCCUUUAGAGUUAGACGAGUUAAAGGGCUCAACGAACCCGAAUCAUAACGGGACACAUAGAGUCGCAGUCAAAGUAAUGCGAAGAACCUCAGGAACCGCGGACGAAGGUAUAAACAUACCAACGAAGUCAUCACCAGCAACAUCAGAAGAACCAACCCCCAAAAAGCGUAAUCCGCAAACAAUAAAGACGGCCGGAGCUGGAUUCGCUGCAUUACUAAUACUCACAGCCGGCUCCGCUGCGUACUACAAGAAGAAACGACUAUGCAGGGCAUCAUCGUCAUCCUUAACGGAAGAGGUCGGUUUUGACAUUUACGAGGGCGGGAAUGCAACCAAUGUGGAGACAGCAGUACAUAUAGGCGACGACAGUUGGGCUGAAACGAUGAAUAACUCGAGUCGGGAUUCGAUUCAUUCUAGCCUUGCACGCGAGUAA